AUGCGUAUUGGGGAGCUAGUCAGCCCCUCGAAGGCGGGUAGGGGUGGGUUGCAGCGCUGCGAUGUGGCCCCGACGGAGUGUGCAGUGUCGAUUUGUAUUCGGCGAUCCAAGACCGACCAGCUCGGCAAGGAGUUGCAUGUGGAGUUGUCCCGUGGGGCAUACUCAUCUUUGUGCCUGAUUCGGGCGUUAGGUGAGUUUUUGGGGGUGCGUCCGGAUGGGGACGGCCCCUUGUUCAUUCAUCUGGAUGGCUUGGGUGCCAAUGCGGCGGAGUACUCGGCCCAUCCGUUCCGCAUCGGUACUGCCACUGAGGCGGCGCGGUGGGGUUUAGAUGAGAGCACGGUGCUCCCCCUGGAAGACGUAGAAGGCGUAGACACAAUUUGUUAUGGGGCGGUGUUUCCUUUGUUUACAGGUUCCCACAGACCUUCCCAAACACCUGAUAUCCCAGCAUUUUACUCAAUACCAGCUGGAGGAGUUGGGCAGAUAUCCCCUUCAAUGGGUUGGCAAAGUCAGCCUGUCUAUCCCCUCUCUUCUUGUGGAUUUAGACAGCCCUAUUCCUCAUCGCUCUCUACAAGUGCUUCAUAUUCAAGGUUUACCCAUCCUCUGAUGCUUGGUUCAGGUGUGCACACAACAGGAAUCCCUCACCCAGCCAUAGUGCCUCACUCAGGGAAUAAAGAAAUUGACUGCUAUGACAGGAACAUAUAUGGGAAGCACCAUUCAGAACCCAAAAGAGAGAAGGAGCCUAAAAAGCCCACAAUUAAGAAGCCCUUGAAUGCAUUUAUGUUGUACAUGAAAGAGAUGCGAGCAAAAGUGAUUGCUGAAUGCACGUUGAAAGAUGGCGGGGACAGUGUCCUCCGCCUCCCUGGUGGGACCCUCCGCAUCUGCUGCACCCACCUGCUGGACCUGCUACAGAGGCAGCUUCACAUGCAGCUCUACCCAGGCUGGUCUGCCCGAGACAAUUAUGUGAGUGCAUUGGGAAAAAAGAAGAGAAGAACAAGAGAAAAACCUCAAGAUUCCAGCUCAGACCCUGGCUCCCCUAAGAAAUGCAGAGCUCGCUUUGGCCUCAACCAACAAACGGACUGGUGCGGCCCAUGCAGGAGGAAAAAGAAGUGCAUUCGGUACCUACAAGGAGAGGGACGAUGCAGCAGCCCAAUUUCUUCCGAUGGAAGUGCUAUAGACUCUCCUUCAUCUCCAGUGAAUUCACUCCAAAGCAUAGAAAUUUCAGCUUGUUCUUCUUGCACGCUUACAUACCCUGAUGAUUCUGCUCAAAGUGAGAAAAACUUCCCUCCUCCCGCUUCUGACAAAGCCGAAUUCCCCAGACCUAAAGCUCUGGUCUCAUUACUUCCUUCAGAAGAGUCCACAGCUAUCAAAGCAACGUAGCAUUUUAUAACCCUCAACCUUUGUUAUUGCUGCAUUGAACACUUUUUAAAAAUAUGUUUUAAGAUUGUG